UCUGGCUGGCAAGGAGACUAUGAUCAAGGCAGUAGCUCAGGCCAUCCCUACGUAUAUUAUGAGCGUUUUCAAGUUACCUAUGUCUGUCUGCGAUGAUCUGAACAGAAUGGUCCGGAAUUUUUGGUGGGGGGCAUCGGAAGGCAAGCGGAAAACACAUUGGAUAGCAUGGCCAAGGAUACAAGCUCAGAAAAGCAAGGGUGGUUUGGGAUUCAGAGAUUUCCGCCUCUUCAACCAGGCGCUCCUAGCGAGACAGGCUUGGCGUUUGCUAACUAAUCCCACCAGCUUGUGUGCGCAGGUUCUCAAGGCAAGGUACUAUCACGACGGGCGCCUCGAAGAUACAGUAUUCUCGGGGAAUGCAUCUCCGACUUGGCAGGCGAUUCAGCACGGCCUUGAGCUCUUGAAAAAGGGCAUCAUAUGGCGCGUCGGGGGCGGGCAGGACAUCCGCAUUUGGCGAGACCGGUGGCUGCCUAGGGAGCCAUCACGCCAACCCAUAUCCCUGCAGGGUACGUGCCGCCUAAGGAGGGUGGCGGAGCUCCUGGAUGGCGAGGGGUCCUGGCGCAUGGACCUGCUCCGCCGCUACUUCCUCCCUGCGGAUGUCGACGUCAUCACCAGUAUCCGUACGUCGACCCGCGUCACCGAGGAUAUUAUUGCAUGGGCACCGGAGAGGAACGGUAUCUUCACCGUUCGGUCCGCCUACCGCCUGGCCAUGGACGAGCGCGAGCGUCCUUCGGCUUCCGCCAUGAGCAGGGCACCGGAUGGUCGUCGCGCCAUCUGGAAGAUCAUAUGGGGGUGCCCUGCUCCCCCUAAGGUGUCCCCUGGCAAGAGAGCUCUGGCGAGUUAUGGCCUUGGACUGGAACAUCCCCAAGGUGGAGGCCAUCGUCAACACUGGCCCAGAGUGGAUCUUUUCACUGCUGGACCCCUUGAAUGAGACGGCGAGACUGGUGGUGCUCAUGACCAUGUGGAGAGUAUGGCAUGUCCGGAAUGAGAUCACACACGACAAGGCGCCGCCCACUGCCGAAGCCUCUCGACGCUUUUUGCACGGAUACAUCAACUCACUCAUGUGCAUACAGCAACAUCCUGAUGGUAACCUAGAGAAAGGGAAGAUG